UUUUCGUGGAUAAGAACGCAUCUGUGGAACCAAGUUCUGAUUGUGGAGGAACUUACCUGUGUGCGAUGAUGGAGGAUAUUUAUCACAAGUCACUUGAAAAUGAAGCAGUUGGACAGUUAACUGCAUUCUUGUCGAGAGAAACAAUGCCACAGGACAGCAUUGGCGCCAGCAGCAAGAAUAUCAUCCUGAAUGCAGGCCAAUGCUCUGAAGAACAUGUUCUGAAAUGCACAUUCAAGGCCUGUGAUCCAGAACAAACAGGAGAGGUGUCUGUCUUCCGAAUCAUUGAAUACUUGCAGGAGAUGACAGGGCAGAACUGUGAAGACUGGAGGUUUCGGUCUCUAUAUAAGAGGUUGGAUCCUCAAGAGAGAGGAAUUGCUGUUGAUUUUUCUACCUUCUGUGCAGUUAUGAAAGAUUGGAUCGCAGACUGUCGACAAGAGGGGGAAGAUGCUGUAGACCUAACAAACAGCAUCCAAGAUCUGCAACAUGGCAACAAGCAGCUAGCAGUGCAGAACAUCAAGCUGCAAAAGACUAUUGAGGCUGCAGAAGAGCUCAACUCAAGACUCUCUGAGGAGAUCUGUGAGCUGAAGGGGAAGCUGAGAGGCACCCAGCAAGCCUUGGAACAAGCUAGGGUCAUGGCAAAUGAAUUAGAGGAUCUGAAGGUUUUCUCAAAAAGUCUGGAAGACGAAAAUAGUAAAUUGCACACACAAGCCCGACAGCUGGUAAAAGAGCAGCAGUUCCUCUCUGUUCAAUUGGAUAAAGUGCAGGAGAUGAACAAGAAACUGCUUCUGGAGAAAGAAAACUCAAAGUGUAAAAUCAAAGACCUGUUUACAAAGAAGGCUAAAAUGAAGUCCCAGAUCUCUGAAUAUGAAAACCUUAUCUCCUGCAAAGAUGCUGUCCUAAAUGAGAAAACAAAACACGCUGAAGAACUAACAGUGACCUUGGAUGAAUACAGAAUGGUAGUACAGGAACUGAAACUGGAGGUCAGCAGACUUCAAGAACACCUGUCCCAGUCCUAUCAAGACCAAUACGUGCUGCCAGGAGAUUUCCUAGAAAAUGUGAGGACCUGCUCACAGGCCCCUGCACAGCCACUCUGGAUGGAAAUUGAAGAAUCACAGAAACAGCAGUUUGGCGAGGAGGCUGAUUUGCCUAGUCCUUUGUGUGGGAUGUUGACAUCUUUGGUGACAGAUCCAUUGGAUUCAGGAGACAUUGGAUCUUUGGCAGAAAGGGCUGUGUGUUCUACCUUUCCAGAAACCACACCGCUCAGCUCAGCAGAAUCAGAUUCUGCAACAGCCUCCCAGGAACAAGCUUUAGUCCCAGUGUGUGGCGAGCUAAUCCCAACCGUUAGGGAGAAGGCAGAUGAAAACUUGUUUGAAAUCCUGCUUCAAAGGUUUCUUGUCUCAUCCAGCUACCUGUUACUGCGCAUCCUUUGGAAUCUGGUUCUUCUAGGGCUCCCUGCGUUCAUUGCACUGCUUGCAGUGUCCUUCUUAGUGCUACCGUUCAACCAGCAACCUGCCUGGGCUGAACCCAAGGGAUGCUCUUGGCCUCAGUUGCAACUGCAGUACCUACGGCCACCACCUACCUAACACCAUUCCCUUUCCUAGUUUGUGGAGAGAAAAGGAAGCUGCUAAGAAGUCCUGAUGCAAGACAGAUAAAAGAACUUGUAAAAAAUAAAUGGAGUGAACCACUUUUAAGUUUAA